AUGCCUUAUUCAAGUCUCUUCCGUUCAGAAGAGAUGUCGCUCAUUCAACUCUACAUUCCAUCAGAAACUGUCCAACCAACAAUGGCGGAAUUAGGAGAACUUGGCCUAAUACAAUUUCGAGAUUUGAAUCCUGAUGUAAACGCUUUUCAAAGAGCUUUUGUAAGUGAAGUUAGACGUUUUGAUGAAAUAGAAAGACGACUUCGAUAUUUUAGUGUACAAAUUGCAAAAACGGAUAUUCCUAUUUAUCCUUUGACUGGAGCACGCGCAAGGAGUGUUCAAGAACUUAACGAGCUUGAAGAGACAAUUAACCAACAUGAGCAACGUAUCAUACAAAUGAAUAACUCAUAUGAAACUUUACAAAAAAGGUACCUAGAAUUGACUGAGGCUAGACAUGUAUUACAAGAAACAGCUAUAUUUUUUGAAGAAGUGAAAAAUCGACAAGACAUACGACAAUCCUUAGAUGAACCUACAGCACCAUUGUUAGACAAUACUGAUGUUGAACAGGGCGAAUCUUUGGUUUUUCGUCACGCCAACUUUAGGUUUGUAACGGGUGUUAUAUUAAGAACAAAAAUGCAAAUAUUUGAACGAAUCCUUUGGCGUGCAUUACGUGGCAACUUUUAUAUCAAUCAUGCAGAAAUUGAUGAACUAAUUACUGAUCCAGAAACAGACGAAGUUUUAGAAAAAAACGUUUUUAUAAUUUUCUCCCAUGGACAAGAAAUAUUAAAUAAAAUUAAAAAAAUUUCUGAAUCACUGGGAGCUACACUUUAUCCUGUAGAUGAUAAUCCUGAUCAAAGACAUCAAACCCUAAUGGAAAUUACUACAAGCAUUAAUGACCUGAAUUCUGUUCUACAAAGUACAAAUCAGGCUCGUAGAACUGAAUUAUUAAAAGUUGCAGAGAAUUUAUCAAUUUGGUUUACCAUUAUUAAGAAAGAAAAGGCAAUUUAUCAUGCAAUGAAUUUGUUUAAUUAUGAUAGUACUAGAAAAUGUUUGAUUGCUGAAGGAUGGUGCCCAACUAAUGAUAUUGGCCAAAUUACUAAUGCCUUGAGAGUUGCAACUGAACAAUCACGUUCUAUGGUACCUUCAAUCCUCAAUGAACUUCGUACAACUAAAGAACCACCCACCUUCCAUCGUGUUAAUAAGUUUACUGGAGGAUUUCAAGAAAUUGUCGAUGCCUAUGGUAUUGCAAAAUAUCGUGAAGUCAACCCUGGAUUAUUUACCAUAAUCACCUUUCCAUUUUUAUUUGCUGUAAUGUUUGGUGAUUUGGGACAUGGAGUAUUUGUUACACUGGCAGCUUUAUAUUUGAUUGUAUUUGAAAAACGACUGGAAAGAAAUGGAAAAGGAGAGAUUUUUGAAAUGUUUUUUGGAGGUCGUUAUAUCAUUCUUUUAAUGGGCUUGUUUUCAAUGUAUACUGGAUUAAUGUACAAUGAUAUAUUUUCAUUGUCAUUAAAAUUGGCAAAACCUGGAUUUGAAUGGAUCAAAAAUGACACUGAUGGAACCUACAAAGUGAUCCAAACUGGCGUUUAUCCAUUUGGAAUUGAUCCAAGUUGGCAUGGUGCAGAGAAUUAUUUGUUAUUUACUAAUUCAUAUAAAAUGAAAAUGUCAAUAAUUUUAGGUGUAAUUCAUAUGAGUUUUGGUAUAAUUCUUACCGUAUACAACUAUACAUAUUUUAAAAAAACCUUGAGUAUUUGGACAGAAUUUUUGCCACAAAUGUUAUUUAUGCAAUCAAUUUUUGGAUACCUUAUGCUUACUAUUAUAUACAAAUGGACAAUUAAUUGGUGGGAAACUGACGAAUCAGGUCAAACCAUUAGAAAUAGCCCACCUGGUUUAUUGAAUACGCUGAUAUAUAUGUUUUUACAACCUGGUAAAGUCGCAGCUAAAGAUCAAUUAUAUCCUGGUCAAGAUAAAGUUCAAUUUAUCCUAUUAAUAAUAGCAUUAAUUUGCGUGCCUUGGAUGUUAUUAACAAAACCUCUUAUAAUGAGACAUGAUCAUAAAAAAAUUAGAGCACAAGGUUAUCAUAAUCCACAAACGGAUGCAACACGUAUAUCAACUGAUGAAAAUAAUGAGCAUGGUGGUGCUGUGGUAACAGAGGAUAUUCAUGAAGAGGAAGAAUUUGAUUUUGGUGAAAUCAUGAUUCAUCAAGUUAUACAUACUAUAGAGUUUUGCCUUGGUUGCAUUUCUAAUACUGCAAGCUAUCUACGAUUAUGGGCUUUAAGUUUAGCACAUGCUCAAUUGUCAUCUGUAUUAUGGGACAUGACAUUAAAAACUGCUUUAAAUUACCAAGGUGUCUUGGGAGUAAUUUUAAUUGCUGUUGCAUCAAUUUUUUGGUUUAUUUUAACGGUUGGUAUAUUAAUACUUAUGGAAGGAUUAUCUGCAUUUUUACAUGCUUUACGUUUACAUUGGGUUGAAUUUAAUAACAAGUUUUAUGAGGGUACUGGUAGAAAAUUUGAACCAUUUGGAUUUAAGAGAAUUUUGAAAGAGCAAGAUUAA